AUGUGGCAACAUCUGUCACCGCGGACUACAGUCUGCACAGGCUCACGCACAGGGUCGUUUGCGCUGAACGCACCGCGCGUUCAUGUCGCACGCGCACAACACACACAAGCGUAUACAUCCGCACUGGUCGAUACUGUCCGCCAGCGUGAUUACGCCGCAUACCUUACACACGUAGCGUAUGCACGGCGAGUUCAGCCCCAUUUUUGGGCCUUACGUGCAUUUCAAGUUGAGCUUGCUACAAUUAAAGAUACAGUGAGCAAUGAACUCGUGGGUCGUAUACGCAUGCAGUGGUGGCGCGACGCUAUAGAAAGCAUCUACGCAGGCCGUCCACCGAAGCAUCCCAUUGCACAAGGACUCUAUGAGGCUAUUUCGGAUCCAGCCGUCAUGGCGCACGGAUCCCUAGUGAAGGAUCAUUUUCUGCGCAUCAUCGAUGCACGCGAAGCUGACUUAGCUGAUCCACUCUCGCCACCGACGCUCGAAGAGCUCGAGAAGUACGCGGAGGCAACAUCAUCACGCAUGCUGUACUUGCUGCUCAAUUUACAGGGGCUUUCUGAGCCGACUGUCGACGUGCUUUUCUCCCACCUUGGCAAAGCUAUUGGGCUUACAAUCUUUGUUGCUUCGCUACCAUAUCAUACGCAUCCCGCACCGCGACCUGCCUCAGCAGCCGCGGCGUCGUCGCCCCACAGUUCAGUCGGCGCUGCUAUUGGCGGAACGACGCGGUACGCGCCACAGGCAGGCGGUGUUCCCCGUACGCCAACGCUUCCACUUCCGCUCGAAUAUAUCCUAGAAGCAGGCGUCACACAAGAGGAUGUAUUUCGACAUGGGCCCGGUGCUCGCGGGCUAAAAGACGCAGUAUUUUAUACGGCAACACGCGCGAACGACUAUCUCAUAACUGCACGUCGAGUGAUUCGUGAAGAGCUUGGCGGUCGCGUGCCAGCGCUAGCUACUGGGCCUAUGCUCCUUGCUGUCCAGCCGCGUCAGUUUCUGCGUAAGCUGGAGCGUGUCGACUUUAAUCCCUACGACCCCACUCUCGCUAAGCGCGACUGGCUUUUGCCUUGGCAUAUGUGGAUAGCCGCGCGUCGACAGACUCUCUGA